AUGGCGCUCGAACUCAAGCCAGCUUUUGAAAUCAUCGGCCCUGGCGGCGUGAAUUUGCACAUCGGCAUUCGCGAGGUUAAAGGCGAGCAGAUCUUCGGCUUCAAAUCCAGCAAUAGGCUGGCCGGCAAUCUGCUUCUGCAUGGGCUCAGGAGCAAGGCGCGCGACAGGCCGUCGAGUUGGACGACGCUGGUCAACGACGUGCGCAAGCCCAAGGGCGACGCCUGCCAUUCGGAGUGCAAGGUGAGGAACAAGCAUUGGACAAGGGAAGCGUUGGCGCGCUUGCUUGUUACCGAAGAUACGCUCAAGGAGGUCACGUUGUUUGCGAUCGGCGAUGAACCUUCCGCGACAUCCAGGGUUGUCGACGACGGCGCUGAGGCCAGCAAGAACUUGAGGCUGGACAAGCGCGGCAACUCCGUCGAGAGCGCGGCGGUGAAGACUCAGUCUUGGCAGGUCGGCGGCUGCGAGGUCGAG